AUGGAGGCAUUGAACAUUACAACAGCAACUACAUUUAUUCUUGUGGGACUUUCUGACCUCCCAGAUGUUCGUUAUUCCCUCUUUGUGCUGUUUUCAGUCAUCUAUUUGGCCACUUUGGCAGGGAACAUCAGCAUCCUUGUUGCCAUAGGAACAGAUUUACGACUGCAGAACCCCAUGUACUUCUUCCUCAGCAACCUGUCCUUGUUGGAUAUCUUGUGUCCCACUGUCACAGUGCCAAAGAUACUGGAUGCUCUUCUUACAGAGAACAACAACAUUUCCUUUGCUGGCUGCAUGAUUCAGCUGUACUUCCUCAUUGACAUGGUUGGCACUGAGAUCUUCCUUUUGUCAGUGAUGGCCUAUGACCGGUAUGUUGCCAUAUGCCAUCCGCUGAAGUAUACAACCAUCAUGAGUAAGAAGGUGUGUGCUCAACUGGCAGCUGGAACCUGGAUUGCAGGGUUUCUCAAUUCCCUGCUGCACACAUCAUUUACCUUCAUGCUUUCCUUCUGCAGAUCUAAUAAAGUCAAUCAAUAUUACUGUGACAUUCCUCCAGUGCUGGCCCUCUCCUGCACUUCUACGUACGCCAGUGAAAUGGUGCUUCUUAUUGGGGCUGGGAUCCUUGGCAGCAGUGCCUUUCUGAUCACCCUUUUCUCAUACAUUUGUAUCCUCCUUGCCAUCUUGCGCAUGCGCUCACCUGAGGGCCGACAUAAAGCCUUCUCCACCUGUGCGUCCCACCUAACUGUCGUGUGCCUUUUUUAUGGCACUACAAUUUUUACUUAUGUACGGCCAUCUUCUAGCUACUCUCCAAAUCAAGAUCGGAUUGUUUCUAUGCUCUACGGGGUUGUGACUCCGAUGUUAAACCCUAUGAUCUAUAGCCUGAGGAAUAAAGAAGUGAAACGGGCUCUACUCAGAAUGGUCAGUCAGAAAAUAUUUACAUUACAUGGUUAA